CAUCAAGCAACAAAAUCCGCCCGAUUGGUUAUAUCCAUCCAAAAUAACUAUCCGGAUCCUGCCGCUCUCGUUCAAUUUGUUAUUUUCCUUGAAUUUCAGUGACUGUGUUGAUGAGAGGGGUGAUGGAAAAUCGUUACUUUCUGAUUGUGCUUUGAGCUGGAAGAUCCUUCUAGACCUGGAUCGGAUCUGCUUCCCGCGUUGAACUCGUCGGAUGAGAGAGGGCCUUUUAUGGUUGGGAAAUAGGCUGGGAGGACGAUGAAAUGGGCGACAUUGCUCAAGGACUUUAAGGAAAAGGUCGGCCUCUCUCAGCCUCCCUCUACUGUCUGCUCCCCUACUCAUGCUGCCGCUUCGUCUUUCCCCGAGAGCUAUCCCAUUUCUGCCAGCAGCCAUCUCGACUUCGCUUCUUCUCCUUCGAGAGACAAACAUGAAUUGGAAUUGGACUUCAAGAGAUUUUGGGAAGAGUUCCGCUCAUCAAGUUUGGAAAAGGAGAAAGAAAAGGCCCUGAAUAUGACCAUUGACAUUUUUUGUAGACUAGUAAGGCAACACACAAAUGUAGCUCAGUUAAUUACCAUGUUAGUUGAGACACAUUUUUUCUUUUGUUUAAAGAGUGUCUUGGAAUUUUUCUCUGAAAUCACUAAGGAUGGGAUCAGCCCUGGUGCAAAUUUAUUAUAUGCAGUGGAAGUCCUUGUUUCUGGGCCUAUUGACAAACAAUCUCUUCUUGAUUCCGGGAUCUUGUGCUGCCUCAUUCAUACUCUCAAUUCUCUUCUUGGCCCUGAUGAGAGUUGCCAAAAACAAUUCAUGGGCCAUAGUACAGAGGAAGAUCUAGCAGAGAACUACCCAGAGGAUGAUGCUGCAUCACGUCGUCGGCUUGAGGUAGAGGGCAGUGUUGUACAUAUAAUGAAGGCAUUGUCUAGCCAUCCUUCAGCUGCACAAAGUUUGAUAGAGGACAACUCUCUUCAGUCACUCUUUCAAACGGUUGCUAUGGGCUCUUUAAUUGCCUUUUCUCAAUAUAAGGAAGGCCUUGUGCGAUUGCACACCAUUCAGCUCCACAGACAUGCAAUGCAGAUACUUGGUCUUCUCUUGGCCAAUGACAAUGGCAGCACUGCCAAGUACAUUCGCAAGCAUCAUCUG